AACCACUAGUAUCGCAUUGCCAGUAAAGCUAACGACUCCCAACAACUGGAGAGAAUUCAGUUGCCUUUACAGUGUCAAAUCAUAACAGACGUUAUCUCAGGACACUUUACAGAUAGAGUAGGUCUUGGUCUAACGUUAGAAUAGCUACACUAUAACGUUAGAACAUUAGCUAAAAAAAACUAACCUUCAGGUACUGUAGCGUAGCUAGCAGGUUAUUUUAAUGGUUUAACCUGUUAGUCGAUCUUUCUAAAGAAAAUAAUGUGUUUUAAAUAUGAAAAGGGUAAGUUUAAUCAUUUAAAAAACAAAACAAUGUACGGCGAGUAACAGCAACAUGGUAAAAUGUGCAUUAAAUUCUAAGGUAAGAAACAUUGUGAAUGCGUAAUGAAAUAUGAUGCAUUGCUAACUUAUGCGAGCUAUGUUAUACAAAGUUAAAGCACUUCUUGUGUAAAAGUAGAUUUGACUACCGGUACUUACAGUUGUUUGCUGAAGUUCAAUUUUGAAUGCUGAAUAAGUUAAUUGCAUUUUCUAUAUUACUGUAUACGUAUUACUGACCUAACGUUAGGCUACUUAUAUUUAAACUCAAUAAAAUUUAGUGGCAAAACAUACACUGUGAGACCAACAGGAGCUUUAGGUUAGCUGACAACCUCAGUCUUUCAUGGUUGUUUUCAGUGUAAAGGCUUGCAUGUGCAUCACUCAGUAUAUUUGUCCCAAAGUGCAUGUUCUUGGCUUCCUGACCAUCAGACCAGCUGUGCUGCAGGCUGGCACAGGUCCAGUGUGCAUGUGUAGAGUAACUAUGUGAGGGUUUGGGCUUUUUGAGUUGUGUGAGAAGGAGGGCGACAGGCCACCUGCCAUAGAGGAUUGCCCUGUUUGGAUCCCCAGCCCUGCCUUUUAACUGGGAGCCAAGUUGAGGUUCUUUCAUGUGGGCCUGAUCUCCUUAAGACAUCAGCAAAUAUUGAACAAGACUCAGUCCAGACACAUCUGUUGUCAUAUAGUCUCCACUGUUAGGCACAGACAAGGAGAGAGAGUGCGAACACCAGUGGGUCUGUUGCAUUAGCUUCGAUGUGUGGACAGAAAGCUAUAGUUUAUACUUUGCAAACACAAAUGCUAACUUUUUACGAGCUUAGGCUAAACCAUGUUCCACUGUAAACAAAUAUGGGGCUGUGUGAAAGAAAUGGAGUUUGGUAUGACAAGGCAGCCACUGACUGCCAGAUUUGGGCUGAAGAUCAGAAAUGAGAUAAGACGAACAGAUAGCCAACAUUUAAUAUCCCUCAGUCAUGUUGUAGAAUCAGUCAGCAGUAUUUUGGGACCGUUUUGGACAGAUAAGAAGGACAGUUGUAUUUUAGAAUUAGGAUAGAUUAUGGAAUUAAGUACUUUUCUCAAAUACUUGGAGCUAUAAGAGAACGCAUAUUAGAGGAAGUGUAAUGCAUGCAAAACUUAAAACAGACAAAAAGCCUCACAAAUGCAAAUACAUAUUCUUGAAUCAACAGUAAACAGACUGAUUGGCACACAAUAAACAGGCUGUUUAACUUGCUGUACUGUGAGCUGAACUGUUUCAUCAUAGUUUUGGUGUGUCAGUGUGCAUUUAAUAUCCUGCAACUGUGUCUUAAUAUACUUUAUAUUUGUUGUCAGAUUUUCAGGUUUUUCUGAUCCCACAUAACUGAAGUCAUACAGCUCCAUCCAUCACAAAAAAACUUGGGUAGGAAUUGGGUUGAGUCAACACUCACAGCAUUCUCAUAGUCGUUGAAACUCACCUUGUGCGACUGGUAUAGCUAGUUACACCCAGUCCUGCCUGCCCACCAAUCACCUGCCUUAAAAGUUGUCUUGAAGCAGGAAAGGGCACUAACUACAUAUUGUGUUGCCUGCAACCCUUCCUCAUUGACAUCAUAGUUAGGAUGGUUGAGCUGCCUCUGAAAUUUACUGGUACUCUCGGUGGAGACUGAUUUAGUCUGUGGCUUUGUCAAGCUGUUCGGUGGAGGUCAACUGGACAGGUAUAGUAUCAUGUUUUUGUUGUCUAAAUUAUAGUAGAACAAUCCAGGAGGUAAUGCCAUGUAGAAUUAUUUAGGUAAAGUAGUUUAUUGAGAAAUGUUUGUGUGAUCAGAUAUUAGGCCUUAGUAUGAUAAUGAUAAUGACUGUAAUGAAUGUAGCCUGCCAACUACACUUGGUUUUGCUGAUUUAAUGUAGUUAUAGGUAGGCAUUGUUUGUGUUUUAUUACAAUAUGUUAAGGCAGAGAAUUGGCCUAAGUACACUUUCAGAUAGCAGACAAAGAAUAUAGAUGUCUUUACUUUUGUCUGUGUAUGGUGAAAAAUCCUCCGAAGCGCUUAAUCUGCCACUGUGUUACUACUUUUUGACCUACUGUAGAGUAAUACAUUGCUUUUACAAUUAUUUUUUGAGUCAGGUGUCAGACAGGGAAUCUAAUGUACUAGGACACAAUAGGAAAAUAUGAUUUAAUCCUUGAUCAAUGGCCACCUUGAAUACAUUUUAAAUUUGGCUUUUGUAGUUGAUAUCAUUUCCAUGGACUGAGUCUACUGCAGAUAGGACACCUUGGUGUAUUGUCUUAGGCCUGUACACAUCUAACACAAGGGAUCUUAAUCGCACAGUUUUUUUUUAUGUGAAAGUUAUCACUCAAGAUGGAUGUCAAGAAAAAGACCUUCUUGGAGAACUUGCGUCUCAAAACUAAGUUGGUCAACCUGAAGAAGCCAGGGAAGAAGGCCUUUGGAAAGCGUGGAAAGAAGCUGGCUCAUCGGCGCAGUAUUUCUGUACCAGACCUAAGGUUUGUGCCAGCUGAAGGAUUUUCUACAAACAGUGCCACUCCUUCUGAUGCCUUCUCCUUCAGCAACUCCCGUGGUGAGAGUGAUACUGAUUCCGUUGCCAGUGGCUCCGUCGUCGAUGGACUCCUUUUCACAGACAAACUGAACGAUUCAUUCCCAGAAAGUAGACUCAAAGUUCCCAUAGAUCGCACAGCUGCUGCUUUGAAUAGAAUAAGUUCACCAGUGGGGACACCAAGACUUCAUGAGGAAAUUGAAAAUACGAUAAAUCCAGGCUCACAGAAAACAAUGAACUUGACUCGAGAAGGGCUAAGAGCCAUGGGGAAUGCACCUAUAUUUACUUUUGACCCUAUUCCUAAACCAAGAAGUGUUUUUACCAAUGCACUUCCACCAAGACCAGACAUUGUAGGGAAAGAGAAUCUCUCUGGUGAAGACACCCCAACAGCCAUAGUGCCUUCAAGUGCUGUUGCUGCAGUAUUGGCAAGAGCAAGCUCAAUGGGAGAACAAAUGAAGCCUUACACAGAAAAGAGGACCACAGCAUUUGAGUAUAGAGAGUCAUCAUCUGAAAAAGGAACUCCACCAGCAACCAGAGCAAAUGCUCAGGGUACACCUUUGGAGAGUGCAGAUGGUACCUCUUCACCUCCUUCCUGUGGUAGUCCCAGUGAGGAGCGAGUCAACAUGCCCUGGACGACAGACUCGGAUGAUCUUGACCGUGAACUUUGCUCUUACGUUUUGACGGAAGAGGCUCCGCUAGAAGAAGCCCAGCCUGAGGAGGAGCUAGAAGAAACGACAGAGGUGUCCCGUGGACCAAGUUAUUUCUUUGACGAAAACAUGCAAGAUCCUCUAGAAAACUCUUUUAUGACAACAGGGCCUGACGUCCAAGCAAUUGACCCAUCCCAGAGAUACCUCCUGAACAUCAACCUAAAGCAGGGAAGGAACCUGGUCACCCGAGACAAGCGCUCCGGGACCAUUGAUCCUUAUGUGAAGUUCAAACUUGAAGGAAAACAGUUUUAUAAGUGCAAAGUGGUUUAUAAAAGCCUGAAUCCACGGUGGAAUGAGUCCUUCUCCCAUCCUCUUCGAGACAGAGAGCAUGUCGUGGAAGUUCGGGUCUACGAUAAAAAUCGGACCGCUGAUGAGUUCAUGGGUUCCAGCACUAUUUCCCUAAAGCAUCUUCAAUUGUACAAAACCUAUGAAAUGGAGUUGCAUCUUGAUGAUCCGAAAAGUAAAGAAGAUGACAUGGGAGUUAUUCUUGUUGAUGUCUGCUUAAUGUUUAGAGAUGCCACCAUCAAAAGAAGCCCUAGAUGGCGACCAAGGAAGAAUAAGCAGAACCAGGCCGCACUAUCCACACGGCCAGCUGAGACACAGAGGAAUCAGCUGAAGAACCAGAUGUGGACUGGGGUGCUUGGUAUCACCUUAGUGGAGGGACAGGACCUGCCACAGCAUGGCCGUGGGGACAUUUACGUCCGCUUUCGCCUUGGUGAUCAGAAGUACAAGAGCAAGAACCUUUGCAUUCAGGCCAAUCCCCAGUGGAGAGAGCAGUUUGACUUCAAUCAGUUUGAAGAUAACCAGGAACCUCUGCAGGUGGAGGUGUACUCAAAGAGGGGAAGGAAGUGUGAGGAAUCAUGGGGGUUGUUUGAGAUUGACCUAUCGAGACUUGCACUUAAUGAGAGGCAGCUCUACACUCAUGUGCUGGACCCAGGAAAGGGCAGGCUGGUGUUUCUGGUCACCCUGAGACCCUGCUGGGGAGUCUCCAUCUCUGACAUUGAAACAGCUGCCUUGGAGAACCCUGAUGAGAGAGACACAGUAGUGGAGAGAUUUAGCUUAAAGAACUCACACAAGUGUGGGGGGGAGGUUGGCUUACUUCAGGUCAAAAUUGUAAAGGCAAAUGAUCUUCCUGCCACAGACCUCAAUGGAAAAAGCAACCCUUUCUGUGUUGUUGAGCUUGGUAACAGCAAACUUCAAACUCACACAAUCUACAAGACCCUCAAUCCGGAUUGGAACAAAGCCUUUACGUUCCCAAUAAAGGACAUUCAUGAUGUGAUAGAGUUAACUGUCCUUGAUGAAAAUGGAGACAAAGCUCCAAACUUUUUGGGGAAAUUAGCAAUUCCAUUACUUACUGUUCAGAAUGGCCAGGAGAUAUGUUUGUUUUUGAAGAAAGAAGACUUGGGAGGUACAUCAAAAGGAACCAUCACACUCGUGCUGGAGGUUAUCUAUAACAAAGUCAGAGCUGGAAUCAGAACCUUUCAACCGAAAGAUAUGAGAUUAAUGGAGGAAAACGUGAAGUUCUCCAAAAAGGUUCUUGCCCGGAAUAUUUAUCGGGUUCGAAAAAUCAGCACAGCAGUUCUGUACACGUUACAGUACAUUAAAAGCUGUUUUCAGUGGGAGAGCACGCAACGGAGUCUAAUAGCCUUUCUGAUCUUCCUUGUGACGGUGUGGCACUGGGAGCUCUUCAUGCUGCCCCUCUUCCUGCUUCUGCUCCUUGGCUGGCAGUACUUCCAGCUCACUGGGGGGAAGGACAGCACAAACCUGGACCUGGUGAACAUGAGCAUGGGUGACGACGAAGAGGAAGACGGGAAGGAAUCCGGGAAAAAGGGUUUGAUGGAUAAGAUACAUAUGGUGCAGGAAGUAGUGCUGGUUGUCCAGAAUGUUUUGGAGGAAAUCGCAAACAUUGGAGAGCGAAUCAAGAACAUAUUCAACUGGUCCGUCCCAUUUAUGUCGUGCCUGGCCUGCUUGGUGCUGUUUGUGGCAACAGCGCUGUUAUAUUUUAUCCCACCACGAUAUAUUGUGCUGAUAUGGGGCGUUAACAAAUUUACCAAGAAGCUGCGCAACCCAUAUACCAUUGACAAUAAUGAAACACUGGAUUUCCUCAAGAGGGUGCCUUCUGAUGUUCAAAAGGUGCAGCACAGCGCGCUGAGAGCGCCCACCAGCCAGAACCAGCCGCGGAAGAAAAGGUAAGCGCCGCGGACACGCUGGAUGAAAGGCUGGUCUCCCUUUGAAUAUGGUACGACGCAGUCCACCUGACAACAAUGCUCCAGUGCCAGCAGAGCCCAUGACCCUGUGCACCCCCACCAUACCACCCUAACUCUGCCUCCUGCUGCUGAGGGGCAGCCAGCCGCUCUCUGGCUUGUGUGUUUGCCACCCCCCUGACAGAGGCUGUGAACUGCAGCAGCUAGGAGGGCAGCACAUGGCGCUGUCAAUCACAAGCCUGGAGGUAAAGAAAAGAGAGCGCUGCAAGGCUCAGCCUUCAUCUUUGGAAAUAAUUUAGAAAAGGAAUGAAAAGCGUCGGGUUUGGCUUACCUUAGACCUCCACGGCUUUGCUUUUCUUUUCUUUUUUGACUUUGGUGAAGCUAAGAAAUUUGACUUCAGGUUAAGUUAAUACAAGCAGUUUACGGAAAACAAACCAUCGCAAUCUUUUUUUUCUAUAUCCAUGUGUUAAUAUAAAUAAAGGUUAUAUAUCGCAAUAUUUUUUUAAUAUUUAAAAUAAUAUGUUUUGACACACAUUACAAAUAUUGGCACAGAGUACUGAAUGUUACUAUUCUUUUUGUGGUAAGGAUCUACUGAAUAUAAUGCUCUCAGCUUUCCUAGUUUUAUCCCAGCAACAAAAAUAGAUGUAUGUACUGCACGUGUAUUAUUUCCAGUUGACUUUAUUUGUUACUGUAUGUUAGACUGAUUAAUUUGAGAGUUUUAUUUGUACUCACUAUCUUGUCUGUAUCAUCAAAUAGAGAAUUUGCAGGAAUCCUGAAUAAAGAGUCUUGAUCAGUUUGA